CACUUGACCGAAAUAUCUUCCUUUUCCUGUUGUAUUGCAAGACGGACGUAACCGCCCGUACAAUAUAUUGAAUCGUACAAGAUGGCUCGUGGUCCUAAGAAGCAUUUGAAGCGUUUGGCCGCCCCCAAGGCCUGGAUGUUGGACAAAUUGGGAGGUGUUUUCGCUCCUCGUCCAUCGACCGGUCCACACAAGUUGCGUGAGUCGCUGCCUUUGUUGAUCUUCUUGAGAAACCGUCUCAAGUAUGCCCUGAACGGAGCUGAGGUCACCAAAAUUGUGAUGCAGCGUCUAGUUAAGGUCGACGGCAAAGUCCGUACCGAUCCCACCUACCCUGCUGGAUACAUGGAUGUCAUCACCCUGGAGAAGACCGGCGAGUUCUUCCGUUUGGUGUACGAUGUCAAGGGACGUUUCACCAUUCACCGUAUCUCCGCUGAGGAGGCCAAGUACAAGCUGUGCAAGGUCAAGAAGAAUCAAUUGGGUGCCAAGGGUGUCCCAUUCCUGGUCACACACGAUGGCCGUACCAUCCGUUACCCCGAUCCCUUGAUCCAUGCUAACGAUACCGUGCAGGUGGAUAUUGCCACUGGCAAGAUCACCGACUACAUCAAGUUCGAUUCGGGCAACCUCUGCAUGAUCACUGGAGGCAGGAAUUUGGGACGUGUUGGCACUGUUGUCAACCGUGAGCGUCAUCCUGGUUCCUUCGACAUUGUCCACAUCAAGGAUUCCCAGGGUCAUGUGUUCGCCACCCGUUUGACCAAUGUGUUCAUCAUUGGUAAGGGCAACAAGCCCUACAUCUCGUUGCCAAAGGGCAAGGGUGUUAAGCUGAGCAUUUCUGAGGAGCGUGACAAGCGUUUGGCCGCUAAGACCCAUUAAAUUGUCAGGGAGUUGUAAGAACAGAGGGAAUGAGAGUAAUAAGGAUUUUUACCUUUUAUUAUAACUCUGUACAUUAAGCUACGGAAUUAAAAACAAAAACAAAAAUCGA